UCUUUUUCACACAUGAACACAGCUAAUGAAGUUCUCAGAUAAGGACAUUGUGGAGAUGAUCUUUUUCCCUGUUUUGAAUGAAGCCUGCCGGGUCCUUGAUGAAGGAAUUGCAGUCAAGGCAUCAGACCUGGACAUUGCAGCAGUUAUGGGUAUGGGAUUUCCAUCGUACAGGGGAGGAAUAAUGUUCUGGGCUGAUUCUCUCGGAUCAAAAUACAUUUGUUCUAGAUUGGAGGAGUGGUCAGAGAUGUAUGGACAGUUCUUCAAGCCUUGUGCCUAUUUAUUAGAAAGGGCUGCCAAGGGGACUCUUCUGAGUGCACCACUGGAGCAGGCUAAGUCUCGGUUAUAAGAUUAGCUUGUCUGCAAUCUCUUCUGCUUGUUCUCGUAUUUGAUGCCAGAAAGAAAGCUGGAUGAAGGCUAAAUUACUUCUCAGACGGUAAUUUCAGGAUGGUUGGAAGAUUCUGCCAAACAUAUGCAUGCUGUUACCAUUUCUGAUCAAUGUCUUAUUAGCAAUUUCAGGGUUCUCCUUGCACUUUCUUACUUCCACCAAUAUUAGUACUAUAAGUCUCCAUUUUAGUCAUAAUCAAGUACUAAAAUAAUUACCAAAAAAAAAAAAAAGUACUAAAAUAAUGUGAUGAAGGGUGACUCCACAUCUAUGAUAGGAUCGGUGCCCAGGAAUCCGGGACUCAUUUCUAGUUUUUAUCUCCUCUCUUUACCUUUCAAUAAGUAAUCUUCUUAGCGAUGGAUUGUUCAA